AUGGAUUGGUUCGGGACCGCGUACGGACGUAGCCAGCAACGUCGUUGCUUGGCACUGUGUCUCCUGCUCGUCUGCGUAUUCGCGGAACGGGCCCACGCCGAUGACAUCGGCGACAAGGACGCUUGGGAUGGAUUAUCGACCGGCUGCUCUAACGCGGAUUCGAAGAACGUAUCGGUAUCUUGCUACGGCGUGAGGAUCGUCAGGAAGAUCGUGCAACAGUUGCUAGAGAAGUCCAGCAAGGAGCCCAAUAUUGAGAUAUUUGAGGGGGUCAGUUUGGUCGAAGUACCUGGAGCCGAGCCAACCAGAAAAGGAAGGUUCAUGAAGGGAUUCGGAAACAUGGGAACACUGAUGCAGUUUCUCGAGGGCAGAGAAUUGAGAAUCAAGCUGCCCAGCUUCCUACCGCAGAACAUCGAGAGCGCUCUUGAAGCGAGCCUCCCCGUUGAAGAAGGUAGACGCGGCGGCGGCGGAGGCGGUUUGGGAGGUGGCGGCGGUGGCGGUGGAAAGAAGGGAGGCGGCGGAGGAUACCUGAUUUUGGCGCUUAUGAUGGGAAAGAUGAUGGCCGCGCUUGGAUUCGGUGCUCUCGGUCUGCUUGCGAUGAAGGCGUUGAUGGUGUCCGCGUUGGCGCUAAUGCUCUCGUUGAUCGUGGCCGUGAAGAAGCUGGCCAGCGGUCACGACAGCGGCGGCGGCGGCCAUCACGUGGUGUACGCGCAGGACGUCGGCCACCAUCAUUACCGGAAGAAGCGGUCCGUCGACGAGGAGGAUCACGAUCUCCCGUACAGAGGAUACGCUCAUCUGUUCGGCGAUUCACGGGUAUCUUGAUUUCGCGCGAUCGUUCCUCGUAGAUCCUCUUCGAGACAGAUCGCGUCAGAAGCGGCGCUGGAUCGAAGAGAGUUUACGAGGAAACACGAGGUCAGGGACGAAGACAAGGACGAGGCGGACAACUGACAGUGACGACAAUGACGAUUGACGUUUUACCAGUGACGGAUUUGGCGACAAUCAACGAGUGACACAGUGUAUUAGAGAUUACUAGUGACGAGAAACGCGAGGAAUUUUUCUUGUGAACGACGGACUGACUGACGGACGCUGGAGAA